GUGGCUCAACAGCGAGGAAAUCGCAAGCAGCCUCAACGCCGAGCAGCACCAGUUCCUGAAGCUGGUCGUGGCCACGAACGCAGCGGACGUCGGCGGCCUGACGCUCCACACGGCCUGCGGCCUCAACAGGGAGAAGGACUGCCUGGACACGGCCUGCAGACCGGACACGGCCCGCCGCAUCGCCUUCUGGCGCUGGCUCCUCGUGGAGGAAGUGGGCAUGGUGAGCGCGCGCCUGCUGGCGCAGGUGGAUCUCCGCAUCAGGGGCGCCGUGCCCGCCGCGGCACAGUGGAAGUACGACGACGCCGACACCGUGAGAAGAGAUCCCCUCGUGGAUCACGGGCAGAACAUCUUCUGGCAUUAUGCCGUGCAGGGCGUGACGGAGCUUUUUCAGCGCGAGCGAUGCAAGGACGACUGGUGGAACCAGCAGGUCGUGGACCAGAUGCGCACCGGCGACCUCUCGGAUGAGAACAUCGACAAUCUCCACGGCCGACCCGUCGAAGGCUGCAACCUGUCGGCCGAGGAAAGCCGUUCGAGGCAACGGGUGGUGGACGGGCCCUGGGACCCGCGCCUGCAGCAGGGCAAGUUCGUGAACGCCACCGUCAUCGUGCCCAACAACGAUGCCAAGUACCAGAUCAACAAAGAUCGAGCGAUGGCCUACGCGCAACACGCCAAGACCCCUCUGGAAUGGUCGGUGGCGCAGGACAAAGCCGGCGCGGAGACACUCCAGACGCAGGUCUGCGACAAAGCGACGAAGAUCCGCUGGCUACAAUACCACGACAUGGAAACCGAAGGCUUGUGCGGCAUGCUCCCCCUGGCCAUCGGCAUGCCCGUGGCGCUAACUCAGCACGUGGACCGCUCGCAGAAGUCGCUCCUGAAGGGCCGCACGGGCUACGUGCAUUCCUGGUUUUGGAAGGAGAACGAGCAGCAGCCCAGGGUGGUGUACGUGAAGUUCGAGGGCGCCCAGUGGACGCUGGACGGGACGACCGAGCCCGGACUCUAUCCCAUACUGCCAGUCACGCGCACCUGGAAGCUCGACAAAAACAGGAAGCCUGCGGUGCUGAAGGUGCACAGGAAGCAAAUUCCUCUCGUCCCGGCCUUUGCGAUCACGGCCCAUGCCAGUCAAGGCAAGACGCUGCCGCUCGGCCAAAAGAAGCAGGCCGUCGUGCUGGAUCUGAACGUGGACUCCAAGACCCACGCGGCCUACGGCACCGUGGUGGCCAGCCGAGUCCGCAGCCGGCACGACGUGCUGAUCAU